AUGACCAGUGCUCCAUGCGCACACGAAUCCACCAUUUUGUUCCGAUUCCCAUCGUCGUCUGGGAGUCCGUCCCCUCCUCCCAUCCUACCAUUGUCGGCCAAUCUGGCGUAUCAAAACCAACCGGGGCCCUCCAAUCCCUACCUCGCCCUCCCGCCGCCUGAAGACGAGAUCCCCGACCUUGACAAGUUACCCUCCGAACAACCACCCUUGCCCCCACCUACCACGCCUGCUCCUACCAUGUCAGGACACCACCACAUCACUCUCGCCGCCAACCCCCCCUAUUUUGAUGGGGACAAGACCAAGUACAUGGGCUUUGUGGACUUGUGCACCACCUACAUUGGUGCAUACCGGUCAGAAUUCUCGCUGGAUGAAACCAAAAUCCUCUUCAUCCUCUCCUACCUCCACAAUGAGGCUGGCACAAGCUGCGCCGCCUUGAGAUGGGCAAUGAACUGGAAGCAGCGCAACUUUGAGAGCCUUAAUGGAAUAAAGGCUGGGGUCACCUUGGCGACCUUCUUGGAGGAACUUCAGAGGGCCUUUGGGGACUCCAACACAGAGCAAGUUGCCGCCGCUCGACUCAUGGCUCUGUGCCAGAAUAGACAAUCCUUUGCGGAUUAUAUCUCCGACUUUGAGAUGCUGGCUGCAGACACAGGGUACAACGCGGUCACCUCCACCGAUAGCAAGGGCGAGUACAAGAAGGGGGAUCAGGACAACAUUCUCAUCAAGUUCCUCGAGCGUGGACUGAGCAGCGAGAUCACAAGCCGCCUCUACAACACAGGUGUCCCCUUGCCCAAGGCGUAUGGCACCUUCAAGGACUGCCGCAAUACCAUCUGCUACAACUGUCAGCAGCCCGGGCACAUUGCGCGGAACUGUCCGGAACCGAGGAAGAAGCGCACGUUCUUCAACAGGGCCACAAUGCUUGAAGAGAUUGAGAACGGGGACAAGGACAACGAGUUCCUCAAGGAGAUCGCCAAGAAGCUGCGUGAGAAGGGUUUUUUCAGCGCUCCACUCCUCUAG